CAGCACAUGUUUAACACCCUUCGCCUUGACGCAUACAAACACACAUGUGCAUACAUUCCAGCAAUCUGGGAAACAUGAGCAAGGUUCAAACGUAGCACUGUUAUGAAGAACCGACAGACUCGAAAUCUGUUGCCAAUUUUGGCUCUGGCAAGUUUGUUCAUCAAGAUAAGCGGCUCAAACUCAGUUCACCCAGUUCUCACUGGUCCCGACAAGGCCUACCUGGGCUCCAGGGCGGUUUACCGAUGCACAGCCCCCGGCUCGUCUCCACCGGUCAGAUAUGAGCUGGUGUCAAGCGACGGCGCCCUGAUGGCCUCGUCUGUCGACCCCCAAGGGGACCAGCCGGCGACUUUAGGCAUGAAAGUGUCUGAAGCCUCGGCCGGGGCGUACCACUGCAGGGCGACGGCCGGGGGAAACACAGGCGUCAGCAACAGCAUCACUCUGAGUGUCGUCAUUCCACCGCUGCAAACCACGGUGACCUCUGAACCCUUCCCGCCGGUCCUCUAUGAGGGCUCACGCCUCGUCCUGAGCUGCGGUGUCGACAGGGGCUCCCACCUCUCCUACACCUGGUUCUUCAACAGGACGGAAGUAGACGGUGACAUUGAAGACGUCUUCAAUGUCACCGGGAACAAGCUCGUGGUUGAGGAGGUGACUCCCGAGCAUGCUGGGAGUUAUUACUGCAUCGCCUCGACCUCGGUGCAGGACAUCCAGAGGUUUUCCAGCAGCUCAGAUAUUCAAGUGACAGUUAAAGUCUACGUGUCAAAGCCGGAGAUCUCCUUCUCCGUUUUCCGAGAAGGAAAAAGUUACCGCGCCAACGUGACCUGCUGGUCGUCCAGAGGGAGCCCUCCUGCGAACUUCUCUCUCUUACUGGACGAGGCUGAGGUGUACUCUGUGAGAGCGACCCAGUCCCUGGUGGGGUGGUUCGUCGUGGAAGUGGUCCCCGGGCUGGACAUGGGGCUGGCUCACUGUCAGGUGAAGACGGAGCUGCAGGAGCUGAAGAGUGAACCUGUGACUCUGGAAGUAGUGCCGGUCGGAGGGGACGUGAGCGUGAACGUGGAGUAUCUGUACACCUCUGCCUCCAGGCUGGCUGCAGCCUUGCUGACCUGUAAAGUCAGCAGAGGGACUUUUCCUCUCGUCUCCUGGCUGCUGGACGACUCCGUCCUUCCCAGCCUGCCCCACUCGGCCCUCAUCAAUGAGGGACAAACCCUGAUCCUCACCCAGCUGGGCCCGGAGGAGAGCGGUUCUUACCGCUGCAGGGCCAGAGACAGCUACGACAGCUCCGGGCCGUGGGUGGAGAGCGAGGCCCAGCUGGUCCAGGUGACAGAGGCUCGCAUGACCACCACAGAGAAGAUCUCCAUCUCGUUCUGCUGCUUCCUUCUUCUGGUGCUGGUGGUGUGUUCAGUGUGUGUGCUCAAGAUGUUCAACCACGACCGAGCUCAUCCCCAGACUGCUCCAGUAAAUCACGUUUUUCUCUCUCAGCUCAGACGAUCUGUCACUGUCUGAACUAACGUCCCGGGCAGAAGACAAGAAGACCGAAUCUCCCCACAUAGACUUUGAUGUGCACAAUCAGGUGUACUGGUGAGAGGAAACUCUGCGGACAGCAGGAAAGAAGACAAAAGAAAAUGUAUCUGUAUUAGGAAAACAGCCCGAGUACCAAGUAAAUACUUAAUACAGCAAUAACUUAAUGUUCCAGUGAACAGGGAUUUAAGCUUAGAGAAUGUAAAGUGUGUUACGUUGAUUUAGCACUAUUUUUCAUAACACACACAUUAGGAUCGUCGUCAUGCGUCCAUGGCAGUGUGAAUAUUCAUGUCAAUCCAGAUAAGAAGCUACUGAGCUUCUCUGAUAGUUAUUGCUCAUAUAUUAAUCUAGUUGUAAGCACACACUGCACAUGCAUGAACAGUAAAAGCUCACAGGAAAUCAUGAACCUUUUCUUUUUUGUGCAUCUUUUUAAUAAAACACCAGAAGAGUCUCACACAAGCCGAAAAACCACAGAGGAGUUUACUUUUCUCUACUGGCCUGACAUGUGAAAGCUCUUACACUUAUAUUUUCUUUAAAUUAAGCCAAAUAAUCAAACACAAACAUAAUCAAAUUGAACACCCAGGUGUUAGAAAGAUUGAUCAUUCCUAUUAGUCAACCACUGUAAAUUGUCAUUUCAUGAUUUUUUUUUUUUUUUUUUGUGAAUAAAAGAUCCAUUUCUACAGGA